GUUAACCAUCUCAACAUGUUCUCCAAAAUCGUUUUUCUAAGUGCCUUGUUAGCGGUUUGCGCCGCUGGUCUACUGCCUCAGCCGCACUACUCCUCAGCGGCCGCCGUCUCCUCGCAGAGCAUUGUGCGCCACGAUCAGCCACAACUCGCUACUAAGCUCCUGGCCGCACCAGUCGCCGCCCCUGCGCACCUCGCCUACCAUGCCGCCCCAGCUCCCCUAGCCUAUCACGCCUCUGCCUCUGUCUACCACGCCGCUCCCGUCGCUAAGCUGGCUGUAGCUGCUCCUGCCCCGAUCAGCUACCACGCAGCCCCCGCUCCCCUUGCUUAUCACGCAGCCCCCGUCGCAAAGGUACUGGCACCAGCCCCAAAACUGCUCGUAUCCGCUCACCAGGAGGAAUACGCCCACCCUAAAUACGACUUCUCAUACUCCGUGGCUGACGGACAUACUGGCGACAACAAGUCGCAACACGAGUCCCGCGACGGUGAUGCCGUGCACGGCGAAUACUCCCUGUUGGAGGCUGACGGCUCAGUGCGCCGCGUGCAGUACACAGCUGAUGACCACAACGGUUUCAAUGCGGUGGUGAGCCACUCCGCACCUGCGCACGCUGCUCCGUCUGUCGCCUAUGCGACUCCUGCACUCGUCGCUCACUCCCGUCAUCACUGAGUACUGAUACCCCACACUCUACCAAGACUGUACCAUAACGUAUCUGUUUGUAAGAAUACCUUGUAAAUAGCUAAAUACUUAUUUAUUGUAAAUAUAUGAAGCAAUGC